ACUUGUUGGAAAGUGUUGGGGAAAUUCCUUAUCAACGUUUUGUUGUAAUAAGGUUAAUUGAGACGGAAUCAGCCUUUUCAUAACGAGCUGCCAUCUGAUUGGUCCUCACUAAUUAGGCCUAAUUCAUUGCUCUGCAGUUGAUUUUACCUGCGUGUUGGCCUCUAUGCGCAUGUGCGCGUAAGCAUCAAUCUGGCGAUGUCUUCCGAACAGAAGAGAAACAUAGUUGUGUUUUUAUGUAUAACUGUAGCUUUUUCUAACUUGAUGUUCUGUGGUGCGUUGAGUGUAGAAAAGUUUAAUGUUCUCGAUGGUUUUAAUGCGGAUCAUGAAAAGGCGUCAAAUGCUGACAGAGAGCCGAGGAUCAGCACAAAACAAGACGCCAAGCACAAAUCUGAGUACCUGGGCGGACUGGCCAUUCUUCGGCGCAAUCUUCGACCUACUGUUAAUAAUUUCAGCAUUCAUGAACAGAGUGCAGAGUCCAUUGACGUUCCUGAGAACUCCAUAAAUAAUUCGAGUCAACCCAACAUUGAUCUAAAGUCAACUGAUUUGCGGGGGCCUUUGAAUGUCCAGAAAAGAUCUCUGGAUUACAAUGCUGGACAUCAGGCAGUCUUCAAAGGUUUUGAAGGCCACGGUUUUCAAGGGAAGGUCUAUGGUCCAUCAGCUGAGCACAACCCCCACUCCAGUGAAUGGCUGUCGAUGAGGCCUCUGGUCCAGUGUAAUGACAACCUCAUGAUGCUCACUGCAUCUGGACGAGGAUACACACAUCUACUGGUGGAUAGAGCGGGCGCCUCUCCCAUCUCCCUGUUCCAGCUGCCGCCGUCCUGUGGUUACCAUGUGAAGACUACCUGA